GAAAAACAUCUGGGCUCCCUCUCUCUUUCUCUGCGUACAUGAGAGGCUCUCCGCUGACACCGGGGGCUGAAGACCGAAGCACCAACACACCGACUGACCGGGGUCCCCUGAGUUUCAUCGACUUACUUUGCCGGAAGAUGAUGGCUCAGUGCUGGACGAUUUGGACCGGGAUCCUCGUCCUCCUGACUGCCUGUCUUCCAGUUGAUGUCCAGUCUUUAAGCCACCUGAGCUUCAAUUUAUGCAGGUGGUGUGAGGUAUCCACGCCGGUGUGCGAAGGCAACAUAUGCUCCAGCAACUGCAACUUGAGCUCUUUCUGUAACACCACUGAAGAGAUCUGCAUGGCCAUAUGGAGGAAGGCAAACAACACAAUGACAGUGUACACAAUGUGUCACCACCCAAAUCUGCCACUGGAUGGUAUCAGUCCUGACCUGCUGCAGACCUUCACUUCCAGGGAGUGUCGUAUGGUCCCACAGGCUGCAAAUGACUCCAUGAUGGUCUGUGGAUGUCAGGGUGAACAUGAAUGUAACGACAAACUUGUCUUCGACAAGGGAGCAAAUGGAUUCUUACCGCUCCAAAGUAAGGAUGUGAUCCCUGUGGUAGUGGUUAGUUUGGUGCCCCCUAUUCUGGUGGCCAUAGUUGCCAUUGCUGCCUUCUAUUUCUACCGCAUACAUCGUCCUGACAAACCAGCUCCGUCAGUAUGCCCUGACUGGCCCACUAAACGCACCCCUGAGCUUUACCAGGCCUUGGAUCUACCAUGUGGGGGCCUGGGUGCUCAGGGAGAAGGUGGAGGAGGAGGUGUGACUGAUGCUGAACAGGAUGAGUUGAACACCAAGGUUCAACCUCUUAACAGUGACACUAUCAGUGGUAUGACCAGCUGGCAGGGCCAGCCAGCUGAACUGCUACCUAUCAAACUGGAUGUGCUCGUGGGGAAGGGGCGCUUUGCCGAAGUGUGGAGGGGAUGGCUGCUCCAGGGCGAGAAAGGUGGAGUUAAUAGCUAUGAAACUGUGGCGGUGAAGGUGUUUCCGGAUGUGGAGUACGCCUCAUGGAGAAAUGAAUGCUCCAUCUUUGCUGACCCCAAGCUACAGCACGAUAAUGUGAUUCAGUUCCUAGCAGCUGAGGAAAGGGGCCUGUCGGGCCACACCCCACACACCUACUGGCUGGUUUUAGCCUAUCACAGCCUAGGAAAUCUGCAGGACUUCCUCACAGCUAACAUAUUGAGCUGGGAAGAACUUGUUGCCAUGGCAGGCAGCAUUGCUAAAGGAUUAGCUCACCUUCAUAGUGACACAACACUCAGUGGGCUACCAAAGGUACCAGUGGCCCAUCGGGACCUCAAGAGCAGUAACAUCCUGGUAAAGAGCAGGAAAGAGUGCGCACUGUGUGACUUUGGUCUGGCUUUAAGACUGGACCUGUCCCUUACAGUUGAUGACUAUGCCAACAGUGGACAGGUGGGGACAGCUCGCUACAUGGCUCCUGAGGUCCUUGAGUCCAGGGUGAACCUGGAGGAUCUCGAGGCCUUUAAACAGAUGGAUGUUUAUUCCAUGGCUCUAGUCUUGUGGGAGAUGGCCUCUCGAUGCAAUGCAAUUGGAGAGGUAAAGAGCUAUGAGCCAGCAUUUGGCUCCAAGGUUUGUGAGCAGCCCUGUGUGGAUAGCAUGAGAGAUCUGGUGUUGAGAGACCGAGGACGUCCGGACAUCCCACUAGCAUGGACGCAGCACCAGGGGAUGAACAUCUUCUGUUCCACCAUCACUGAGUGCUGGGAUCACGACCCCGAGGCCAGGCUCACGGCUCACUGCGUGGUUGAGCGCUUCAGCGCCCUGGAGCAGGCGGAAGAUGACGACAGGGUGGGAGACGAAGAAGACGAGGAAGAACAAAAGACCAGAGGAGACAGAAAUGAACCAAAGACUGACUGUGCCUUAAACGACAGACCUACUUCUUCGCAAACGUUUGCUGAGGAUGUGACACCCGAAUCAGUCAUAGAUCUGCUGGCAGUUGCUGAUCGCUGAACAGUUUGAAAAAGAUUUGAUUUGUUGGAGCUGGUCUCCAUUUUGUCACGGUAUUAUUCUUUUAUACUGGCUGUGACAUGUGACUUAUCAUUGCUAUACUAUAACCUACUACUGUAGGUCAUGUGACUAUAACCUACAUUUAUAAAUAAACAGGAGAGAAAAAUCUUUUUCCUGGUUUUAUGUUUGUUUGAUAAAAAAAAUCUUAAAGAAUAAAUUUGACUUUUUUCAUCUACACAAUUUCAUCCCUUGGUGUAUUUUCUUCUUUUCAAUUACUUCUCUGAAAGACAUUACUAUAAAUGCUAAUAAUAUAAACUUAUCUGCCACUCAAUUCUAUACAUCUUGCUAUCACUGGUUUGAACCCCUUUUUUGCUGUUUGAGUGGCCUCAUAUGGAUUUAAAAUACGAUUCUCCGAGGUGCUGGAAACAUUUCUCUGAGAUUUUGGUCCAUGUUGACAUGACAGCUUAAAAAUAACCUACACACCAUUACACCACCAGCAGUAGCCUAAACCGUUGAUACAAGGGAGGAUGGAGCCAUGCAUUUGCAUUAAUUACACCAAAUUUCACAGCAGAAAUUGAGACUCAGACCACGGAACUUCUUUCCAAUCUGGUGCUUGACUUUGGUGAGCCUGUGCAAAUUGCAGUCCCAGUUUUCUGUCCUUUGCUGACAGGAGUGGCACCUGGUGUGGUCUUUUGCUGUUAGAACCCAUCUGCUUGUGCUUUCAGAGAUGCUCUUCUGCAUACCUUGGAUGUAACAAGCGGUUGCUUGAGUUACUGUUAACUUUCUAUCAGUUUGAAGUGGUUUGCCUUUCUCCUCUGACCUCGGGCUUUUUGGCUUAAAGAACUGCCUCACACUGGAUAUUUUUUAUUUUUCAGACCAUUCUCUGUGAGCCCUGGAGAGGCUCUGUGGGAAUAUCCCAGUAGAUCACCAGUUUAUGAAUUACUCAGACCAGCCUGUCUGGCACCACCAAGCAUGCCACAUUCAAAGUCACCUAAAAUCACAUUCUGAUGCUUGUCUGUAUACUUGAAGGCAUUGAGUUCCUGCCGUGUGAUUGGCUGAUUAGAUUUAGAUUAGAUCAGACAUUUGCCUUAAUGAGCAUGUUAUAUAUCCGAGAGUAAGGGCUACGUGACGUGGAAUAACAAUGGUAUAACAGGAAAAAGCCAAACAGAACAAAUUGUGAAAAACUAAGUUUAAAUUAAUAAAGGAGUCAACUCAAAAAGUCGGCAACACCGCUAUUUCAACUAAACAAACGACAUCCACAAACUAAAACACACCGAGGAAAGAUAAAGGAGAUGGUUAACCAAAUUAAAGGUUCACUUCUGCUACCAGUGGAUACCAGCUACUCAUUAGAAGCUCAAAGAAAACAAAG